CAAAAAGGCUUUUAGCGAGCGAUGACCACCGAAUUUGAACACGUCUACCAUGGGCUGUCCUCAGAAGUUGGCAAAUUCCGUAUAGCUGCCAGUGGAAUGGCCUGGAAAGGGGAGGAAAACGAGCAGGUUCACGCUAUUCCGUCAGGGGACAUCAAAUGGGCCCAGUGGUACCGCGUUGCCCGCAACUUCCAGCUUCGAAUCGGCCUCAAGGAUCGUUCGAGGGAGGUGUUCGAUGGAUUCGUGCGAGAAGAUCACGACAAAAUGGCUGGUCUCCUCAAGCAGCACUUUGGCGUAACUCUGGAAGUCAAGGACGUGACGUUCAAGGGCUGGAACUGGGGUGUAACAGAUAUCCAGGGCCAGGACCUCGCAUUCCUCGUUUCAAACAAAACAUCCUUCGAGCUACCCCUAGGCCAGGUAGCCAACUCGAACAUCGCCGGCCGCACCGAGGUCUCGCUCGAGUUCACUUCCUCGUCCAACCACGGCAAAAAGUCGCGUAACGCACCAGACGAGAUGGUCGAAAUCCGGUUCCACGUGCCUGGGACGUCGACGCGAGUCAAGGGCUCCGACGCGGGGUCGGAUGUGGAAGAAGAAGAGGAAGAAGAGGAAAUGAGCGCGGCUCAGGUAUUCCACGAGGCCAUCAAGGAGAAGGCAGACAUCGGCCAGGUCAUGGGCGACUUGGUGCUGAGCUUCGACGAUGUCCUGAUCCUUACUCCACGAGGUCGGUAUGACCUCGACAUGUUCCUUGAUUUCCUGCGGCUCCGUGGUAAGACGUACGACUACAAGAUCUCGUACUCGAGCAUAGCGCGUCUGUUUUUGCUUCCCAAGGACGACCUGCAUGUUUUAUUCAUUCUCGGCCUCGCGAACCCCAUCCGGCAAGGCCAGACGAGAUAUUCAUAUCUCGUCAUGCAGUUUGCAAGAGAGGAGGAGACGACGGCUGAACUGAAUAUGGCCGAGGAGGACAUCGAGAAGUAUGACCGACUCAAGAAACACUACGAAGACCCUACAUUCGAGGUCGUUUCUGGCGUCUUCCGCGCCCUGUCACAAAAGAAGAUCAUAGGCUCGGGCAGCUUCCAAAGCCGAGCCGGUCUCCCAGGCAUCAAAGCGAACCUCAAAGCCGUUCAGGGCGACCUCUUCAUGCUCGAGAAAUACAUCUUCUUCGUCUCGAAGCAGCCCACGCUCAUCGAGCUCGCCGACGUGCACCAGUGCGUCUUCUCCCGCGUCGGCGCGAGCAUGGGCGCGACCGCCGCGCGCACGUUCGACCUCAAGAUCGUCACCAAGUCCGGCCCCGAGUACACGUUCACGUCGAUCAACAAGGAGGAGCACGAGCCGACCGAGGGGUACCUCAAGGACAAGAAGAUCAAGAUCAAGAACGAGAUGGUGCCCGACGUGGACAUGAUGCUCGCGGCCGGCGGCGUGGACUCGGAUGAUGACGAGAUGCAGAGCGUGGCGAGCUCCGGAGACGAGCGGCCGAAGCCCAGGCUGGGGGCGGAGGACGAGGACAGCGAGGAAGACGAGGACUUCCAAGCCUCCUCCACAGACGAAGGCUCGCCCUCUGACACCGAGUCGGACUCGGACGGCGGUGGAGGCGAGACAGCCUCGGACGCGAGCGGCGACCGCGAGCUCGCCUCCGCCGCCAAGAAGGGCAAGAAGAAGGUCGUCAAGAAGAAGAAGGCGGGUGAGGACGGCGAAGCCAGUGGGAGCAGCAAACCCAAGAAGGCGAAGGCCAAGUCCAAGGACAAGACCGGCAGCGACGCCGAGGACAACGACGCCAUGGACGUGGACGAGGAGCCCAAGGCGAAGCCCAAGCCAAAGCCUAAGCCAAAAACCAAGACGCGCGAAGACGAGGAUGGGCCGGCUAAGAAGAAACUCAAGAAGGCGGAGGACUGAGGUGUAGUUACCGAGUAUCUUCGGUUCCCUUGAUAUUAUAUAUCCAUUGUAAAUUGUUAGACAUCUUGCCUCUCGAUCGCAGCUCUCGUCAUCUCACUAUGCUAUCCGCGACUGAAAUUUAUGGCUCUUUUUAUUGUAUAAUCCUAGGUAGUAUGCUGUGAGUAAUGAACGGAAAAGAAUGUGGGUGCACCGCGUGGCCGUAGGAAUGUGUGCGUCUAUCUAUGUAAAGUCUAAUCAUACAGCUGGAGAUACAUCGACAUGAUGGAUAACAGAUGAACAAGGAAGAGAAAUGAGACAGAGAAAGCAAGAUUAAACAAUUAAAAGGUGUAUAAAUACUCCACAAGGGAGGAGCCACGGUUGCACAAUAUAAAAUGCGCACCGGGAUGAAUGGAGAGGUUGAGGUAAUCCCUUUGAUUAUUCCGAUCACCGUUUUGCCAGCAGAGAACCCGGCUCAAACGCGACGGCCGUAGGAGUAGCCGAUGAGAAAGGAGCAGACACUUUGACGAGGGGUUGGGCGGGUCGCGUGGCGGAGGACUUGGUCCGCGAGCGAGUCAAGGGGAGAGAUGAUGAUGGUGGGACGGGCGGAGGGGCGGACAGGGUAUGUGCCGUCUUGGCGAAGAGGAUGUUCCUCUCCUGGUAUAGAACGUACGAUCUAGCCACUAAUAUGGCCUCCAUCCACUUUUCUCCGUCCUUUUGAUUACAAGAAAAUACAUGCAGAUAGUCCGAUGCGUCCUCAAAUAGUGUGAGAUUAUCCGUUGAUUUGAUGGCGAAUACAAAUGGUUUGGGCGACUUGUGUCGGCGGGUAACGUAGUAGGCGUCGAAGUUUGAAAGAGAGCAGAGGAACACCUCGUCUUUGCCGGUGUCGCGCUUGGAGAGCCACAGGCUGUGCUCCCUAAGCUCAAGCCAGCGUUUGGACCAUUUGCCCUUCUUACUCUCCCAUUCGACCCAACCACGGUAUUUGGGAGAGGAUGUUGGUAUAUUAGCUGAGCUUAGGGCAGCUGCCAUAUAAGAUGGUUUAAGCAUGAAAGCGUUGACCAUCUUAUCCUUAUUCCAUGCAGAGGUGACGUCGGACAACAGCUCAUAGCUGCGUAUCGGUCGCUCCAUGCCAAAGUCCUGAGCCAUCUCCCACAACAUCCAACCAAUCGCCGCUUUCUCAAGACCGCCCUGCUUGUUCACCAUAGCAAUCACAUCUCCAGCAGUCGAAUCCUGCGCGACCUCCACCAUAUUGAACCGCUGCAAAUCGCCAAUGAACACACGCUGCUGGGACGUGAUCGACCGCGGCACGGCUUGUUGCGCGAUUGCAGGCGGCAGAGGCGGCAACGGCGGUCGCGCAACCGGCUCCAACGUCUCCCUGUCCCUCUCAGCCGACACCCGCGCAGACGCAGCUCGCCGCAGCUCUUCGCUCGCCCGCGAAGCCCCAGCUCCGUGCGCGAACCGGUGCCCGCCAGCCAAUGGCGGCGGCGGGGCUAUUGGAGCUGCGUAAUCGGCCGUUGUUGCGCUUGCGACCCUCUCGGGGCGGUGGAACGAGCGCAUCGAGCGCAGUGACCGCUCCCCGGAGGUGGCCGUCUCGGUUGAGCGGCGGCUGAGGAUAGAUUCCAUGUUCGGGCUCCGGGACCGGACAUCAAGCGGCUUCGUCGUCUUGAACACGUCCUUUUCAAGAGAGCUGCUGUUGUUGCUCUGGGACGCCUGGACCUGGAGCAGCUUCCUGGCGAGAUCAGCGGGGACGACGCCAUCGGGAAGCUGGGGUGUGGGUGGUUGCGAACGCGUAGGCUCCCGUCUCAACGACCUUGAAGUCGCUGCUAACGAGUGGGAACGUUGGCGGCCAUGGGGUUGAGUAGGUAGUGGCGGGAUGGCGGAGUUGGCCCCACGGCCAGGGGCUUCGGCCGCUUGACGGCCUCUGGACGCCGCACGGUCAAGACGCCGCUGCUGGCGCUCAUCACGGACCUGCUUGCGUAUCGACUUCUGAGCAGUCAGCGCGCCAGGUAUUUGCCGGGCGAGGGGGACCUCAUCCUCAUCAGAAUCUUUAGCAGGCGCCGGAUGUUGAUUUGAUUGAAGCCGUGAUGAGACCAGCAUGGCGGUCGAGUUACCAUCAGCCGUGUAAUACUCCGUGCCGUUGUCGCCUUCGUCAGCAGAUGAGGAGCUGGACGAGGAAGUGGACGCCGACCGUCGUGGGGGGCGUGGGGACGGUGCGUCCGCGUUUGGCCGGCUUGAAUGCCGCGCUGGGUAUGAACGGCCGCCAUGUGAGACAUUCGUCCGUCGGGUAUCUCCACCAUUGAGUCGCUCAUGUCCGCGUUGCUCGCGGUGCUCGCCGCCCUGCUGCGCCAAAGAUGGCCGUCUCUCCCCUAAAUCCCCUCUGCCCUCCUGCCCCGCGCGCACCGCUCCGCGUUCAGCAUCUAGAGCCCGGGCCUGCGUAGGACCAGCGUGGGAACUGUGAGGCACGACACUAGACUGCGCUGCAUUGUUGUCGUCCCUUGAUACAUGGUCUGGUGAAUGGACUGCGCGAUAUGGUGCCUUCCCCGCAUGCAUCGCCUUUGGGGAGCGGAUGCCCCUGGGGACAGGUUGAGCGUCUGGGUCCGAGGGGUCGUCAUCGUUGAAAUUCUGGGUGUAGUAGUCAAAAUCGGAGUGGUAGUCGAGAUCAUCGCGGGCGUCGUCGGCGGGGUAGUGGGUGUGCGGGGCGUUGCCAUGCAUGUCGACGUUGAAGUUUUCGAACAAGCUUGGAUGUGCGCUGCCGUUAACGGGCAUGUUGUUUUGAUCAGACCACGUGGUGGAGGAUAUAGAUGGGGAGCGUGAGAGCGCGGUUGAGGAGGGCUCGGAGGCAAUAGUGCUCGUCUGGCUCAGUGAAGGCAGCGAGUCGACGUCCGUGUCCUCUGAUUCCGCCGAAAGCGAGCGGCUCAUGCACGUUCCUGUGGCGUCUCGAGGGAGCGGAUGAGUGUCCGAAAUAUCUUCCGUAACAACCACCUCCGAGGUUUGUGGCGAUUCCACCACGGUUUCUCCGGGUUCCGCGGUGGGAGGCUCGGACGCGUCAGUUGCCUGCUGCUCUUGUGACACCGACAUAGGGAGGCUUGGUAAUGGAGGUGAUGGCUGUUGCAAAACGUGUUGGGGAAAAUUCGAAUUUGACGGGGUUGUGCUCCGCGACUGUGUCAGGUUAUGCAGGUCGUUCUCGUCCAGAUUCCACGGUUCGUGGGGUAAGCGCGCUCCAGGUCGGCCCGCGCGAAUCUUGCGAGGCGCAGCAACGUUCAUUUGCGCCAGAGUGGACAGAGAAGGGAGGGAUGGGCGAGGUGUAAAGGCAGGCUUCUCUCUUGCAGGGCGGACAUGGCCAUAAGACUUUGGCCGCUUCGGAGGAGGUGCAUAGUGAACAAUCAGGGCGGCCUCGGGGAGGUAAGAUGUCGGGCUGCUGACGAAUGUUGGUGUACCGGAGAACACGUCAGAUACUUCGGGAACGGAGGUGCUUAUAAAGGAGGAGGAAGAGGAAGAAGAGAGGUUGGCGAAAGGAUCAUCGUCCAGCAGAGAAGACUCUUCUGCUGGGACUGGGAUAUCCGUCAACUUUGGGUUCUCGAAGUAGUCGGAUCCAUAGACCAAAUUGUUGCUUGAUACGGACCGCUUUAUCCGAGGUGCUUUGAGGUGCGGGGGAGAAGAGCUAGGAGAAGUAUUGAAGGAAGACUUUGUUAAGAGAGCUUGAAGAGACGGACGCGUCUUCAGACUACGAGUUGGAGACUUGAGCGCGUCUGAUUGUUUGACGGUAAUUGAGGGAUCGUCCGGAAAGGAAAGUGUGGGGUUAUGACCCUCCAUGAUUGGCAGCAACAAAAACAAAAGAAAGGAGUGAAGUUCCAGCGCAAUGAAGAGCUGGAAGAGAGCGAAAAAGAAGAGGGAGGAAAGGUAUGAAAAGGCGGGAAUGCG